AUGGGAAAUCAACUGGCUCAUCGUUUCUCCUCAUCUCGGAAUGAGAGUGGUGCCGUUGAUGGCAACACUACUACCACUGGUUCUCAUCAGCAGCAGCAGCAGCAGCGUGUGGAUGCGGCCAUAUAUAGUUCUUCUUCCUCCUCUCCUUCUUCUCAUCAUCUCUUUGGAAUGAGGAUCAUUUCGGAAUCCAACCACACUCAGGAGAAUGCAGCAGACUUUCUCAAGUUACGGAAACGGAGUAACAGUACAAAUUCAAAUUCAUACCGAAAGAAUACGAGUAACAACAAACCAUCAACAACGACAACACCAUCGACGCCAUCCUCUCGGAAUAAUGCUGGAAACCAGGAGAAUGGAUUGUUGUUGAAUAAUAAUAACCCGAAAGUCAUUGUGGAAGAGCCGAGCGGAAAUACCCAAUCAUCAACUAGUGUUGCAUCGAGUCAAUCAGUGGGCAUAUUACCUCCUUACCGUGGUCAUCACCGAAAGACUUCUAGCCAACCACCACCUUUAUCACUACUUUUGAGUACGACGAAUACUUCCUCUCCACAAAACCAUAAUUAUUUAUUGUACAAUUAUACGCUGGCUUCAUCGGCUCCUGCUAGUCCGAUACUGAAUAAUUAUUCCCUGUCACCAAUUAGUAAUAAUGGAGGAGCCAUGUCGACAACAUCGUCACCUUCGAGUAGAGAUUCAAAUUUCGUUUCUUCAAGUGCAUUUAGUAAUGCAGGAUAUGAUUCACACAGUGCUGGUGACAAUAAUGGAUUCACACCACAACAACGAGUGGUCCAUGAGAAACUAAGACAAAUUUUUCCUUCCAUGAAAAACGUUCCCGAUUAUUUUCUUUCAUACUUUUCGAUUGUUCUUUCAGAUGAAGUAGCAUUGCGAGACACGAUUUUUUCAAGUGGAAAUGAUAUUUCAUUCUAUUUAGAGAUGCAAUCAAAAAUUGAGGACUUGUUUUUGAACGAAGAAGAAGAAAAAAACUAUGGCAAGUCACCAGUUGGAGCUCAAAAUUUGGUUUCCACACCUUCCUCUUCCUACACAAAAUCGCCAAUCAUGCACAAUUCUCAUCAUCAACAAAGCAGUAUGGACAGUAAUAGUUGGGGAAUGCAAACGACUGAAGAUGGUGAUGUGAGCUAUUCCAAUAAUUAUUCAAUGGGCUAUCUUACCAAUUCUGAGGACUUUAAUGAAAAUAUUACAGCAGUUGGAGAUAUUGCCCAUUUAGGAAAUAGUGAAGUUUCAUCCUCAAUUAUUAAUUAUCAGAGAGAUUUUUUAAAUCCUUUUCACAUUAUGGAUCGAACGGAAUUACCAAUUCGAUUUCUCAUUUUACCUCGAAUUUUAAAGAAUGCCUUUUAUGCAAAGCACGAAGUUGCGCAAAUGGUAUCACCAAUAUUUUCUAACAGAAAUAGUUUGCAUUUUAGAGAUGCAUUUAUACAAUCGAACGAGUUUGUGAUAUUUGCUGUGGUUGGAUUUUGGGUCCUAGAAUUUUUACCUUCCUCUAGCAUUAUCGUUCCAAAAUUAAUUUAUGCUUCCUCCGAGCUCUUUUCAAAUAUUCAAAGCAUUCCUGUGGUUGCAACCAUCAAUAAUUCUGAUGGUUCGGCCAUGAAUGUUGUUGCAAAUACCAUCAUUCGAUGGAAUACUGGAAAGAAAAAUCCAGAUCUAAGUUAUAUGAAUUUUGUUGACGAUUUGUUGGAAUCUCUUUCUGUAAAUUUCAAGUGGAAAAACAAUCCUACACUGAUGAAUUUUAGAAAUCAAAUCUACAACCUAGAAUGGCAGAUUCCUAGCCACUAUAAUUUAUUGAAAAUUCCUACGUUUACCAACUCGUCUGUCGUUAGAAUGAAAAAUUUGGAAGAUUUUGAAAUGGUCAUUCCAAAACUAAUGCUCACAAUGAGCAAUGAGAUGAUUAUUUCAAAAGGAACUUGUGAUUAUUUGUCAUGUAUUCAAAAAUCAUUUAGCGAAGAUUAUUUCAUUCUGAGUACAAUUAGGUCUGCAUUAGUCUUGAAGGAGUUUGUAAUUCAGUAA